GCCAAACCAAGUAAACCCCUUUUUUAACCCUGGCUAGAGAGAGAAUCCCAAGCCCUCUCUCUCUCUCUAUGGGAGUGCCCAAGAGAGAAUUUUGUUUCAAUAUUUUUAAAAUAUUCUUGUGGCAACAUGGAGUGGAAUGGAAGUCAUUUUCUCUCUCUCUCUCUCUCUCGCUCUCUCUCUCUCCUCUCCAUGGGUAGCCUUUAAAUCUCCAACCAGUCUUCCCCUAUGCUUUUCAGCUCAAUAUACCAUUCUUGCUCUUACCUUUCUCUAGAAAAACAAAAACGCGGAGAUUCAAACGCCCAAGAAAGAAAACAUGGAGAGCCGCAGCAGUGGGAGUAGAUGGGAAGGGUAUGUGGACUGGAGGAAGAGACCUGCAGAGAGAGGACGGCAUGGGGGAAUAAUUGCAGCCUCCUUCGAUUUGGUUGUGGAGAUAUUGGAGAACUUGGCGUUUUUGGCAAAUGCGAGCAACUUGGUGAUGUACUUGUCGCAGUACAUGCACUUUUCUCCCUCAAAAUCGCAAGCAUUUGGACAGGGGUUGGCGAUAUUGCUGAUACAAGCGAAAAGUCCAUCGCUGAUGCCUCCUCCAUGCGAUCACGGCGCGGUGUGCCAAGAAGCGAGCGGCGGGAGAGCAGCGAUGCUGUUCGUGGGGCUAUAUCUGGUGGCAUUGGGCGUCGGGGGCAUAAAGGGGUCGCUGCCGUCGCAUGGGGCGGAGCAGUUUGAUGACAGUACCCCACAGGGCAGGAAAAAGAGAUCCACUUUCUUCAACUACUUCGUCUUCUGCCUCUCAUGUGGUGGCCUGAUUGCAGUCACAUUGGUGGUGUGGCUUGAAGACAACAAGGGGUGGGAGUGGGGCUUUGGCAUUGCAAUGCUCAGCAUUUUUUUGUCCAUCCUUGUAUUCUUCGCAGGCUCCCCUCUUUACCGCAACAAAGUACCUAAUGGAAGUCCAUUCACAACAAUUAGCAAGGUUUUAGUGGCUGCGAUAUUCGGUUGCUGCAUUAGCACGAAUUCACGAAACUUGAUAGCAAGUAUGGCCAUGAGCCCGGCUCUUGAUGGUAAGGAAGUUAAACAGAAUGCAAAAGGGAGAGAUUCAACAGAUUUGGCGAAUGAACCCUCGGGGAGUCUCAAGUUCCUGAACAAUGCAGUUCUGAACAAGCCGUUCCAUCCGGCAUUGGAGUGUACGGUUCAGGAAGUAGAAGAAGUCAAGAUUGUGUUGAAGAUUCUACCUAUAUUUGCUUGCACCAUCAUUCUCAACUGCUGUGUUGCUCAGCUCUCCACGUUUUCGGUCGAACAAGCAUCGACAAUGGACACCAAACUGGGUUCCUUUAAAGUUCCGCCUGCAUCUCUUCCCAUUUUUCCUAUUCUCUUCAUCAUGUUACUUGCCCCGGUAUACGAUCACAUAAUUAUCCCAUUUUCUCGAAGAAUAACUAAAACCGAAAUGGGUAUCACUCAUCUCCAGAGGAUAGGAGUUGGGUUAAUAUUUUCUAUUGGAGCCAUGGCAGUAGCAGCAGCUGUCGAGACUAAGCGCAAGAGAGUAGCCACCGACAACGGUCUACUCGACUCUGCUCAACCAUUGCCCAUCUCCUUCCUUUGGAUCGCCAUCCAGUACUUGUUCCUCGGAUCAGCAGAUCUUUUUUCCUUGGCUGGAUCAUUAGAGUUUUUCUUCACAGAGGCACCUGCAAGCAUGAGAUCUUUGGCCACAUCUCUGUCCUGGGCUUCUCUAGCUAUGGGUUACUACCUUAGCUCAGUGGUCGUGUCGAUAGUCAACAACGUCACGGGUAACUCCGACCACCGUCCAUGGUUAUCUGGAAGAAACAUAAACCAUUAUCACCUCGACAGAUUCUACUGGUUGAUGUGUGUGCUCAGCGGACUAAAUUUUGUGCACUAUCUCUUUUGGGCAAUGCAGUACAAGUACAGACCAAAAUCGCAACAAUAGGUGAAACAACUCAGAAACACAGAUAUAUUUAUGAUGCAAUAUAUACUUACACAGUUCCACACAUUUAAUCAAACAGGUUGAAAUUCCCACCCCACUUCCAGAGGAGAGAAACUUGUGAAACUCUGGAAAUGUUCUCAUCUUUCAGCUGGCAUGAGAUGGAAUGGAGGGGGAGGGUAAAUUUUUUCGUCCUGGGGGAGCAGGUAGAUGUGGCAACUGGCAUGUGAAAUUUCUUGUAUCAGUGAAUUUCUAUGAUAGGUGGGAGAGUAAAGUAUUCACCAAGGCAUCUUUUUAACAAGUUCUUAUUUUUGGCUUGCAGUUAACCAAUCCUUUUAUUUGUGA